AUGUAUCUCCCAGAGGAAUUGGUAGUGGAUAUACUAGCUAGGGUUCCAGAUAUUUAUCUGGCACGAUUACAAUUUGUAUCCAAAGGAUGGAAUGCUCUGAUCAAAGAUGUGAGACUUGCGAAGAAGCACUCCGCUAUGAUGAUCAUGUUGCUUGAUUUUAGGGUUUACCUAGUGAGCGUCAAUCUCAACCUAAUUGACAACAACAAGGUGAUGGUAACAGAUCAAUUUAGCCUAAAGGAUCCUCUUUCCAAAUCUUCAGAGGAAGCCGAUAUAGGAAACGUCUUUCACUGCGACGGGUUAUUGCUAUGCAACACAAAGGACAAUAGACUGCUGGUUUGGAAUCCGUGUUCACGUGAAACCAGGUGGAUUCAACUUAGAAGCUCCUACAAUAAAUUAGAUUACUUUUCUCUCGGUAAAACCUCAUGCAAUAAGUACAAAAUCUUGAGGAUGCAACAAUUUGGUGAAGUUAUGCCAUACUUACUUGAGUAUGAAAUCUAUGACUUUACCUCUAGUUCGUGGAGGGUUGGUAAGACUGGAGACUGGUCCAUACUACUGUGGAGGGGCUGUGUCAUGUCUGUGAAUGGAAAUACUUAUUGGCUUGCUUCUGAACGAACAGAGAAGGCAAGAGUAAAGUUGAAAGGAACUUGUGUAUUUUGA